CGGAGAUUUCUCCACAGUUCCCUCUCCGCCGUCCCGUCCCCCUUUCCUCUUCCUCUCUUCGUCUCUCUCCUCUGACCUGCCCCAAAUCCAAAUCCAAAUCCCCAAAAUCCCAAUUGAGGUCCUCCGCGGGGCCCCUCCGCCCUCUCGCCGUUCUUCCCUGCCGUCCCCUAGCAAAUUUUUGGUUUACUCUCACAAGUUCAACAAACUGCGCGCAUCGCGUGCGCAAUUGGGACAAUACAGCAAUGGAAGCAGCAGCAGAGGAGCCCAAGAAGCGGUCCCUAACAGUGGCCCCCUUCGAGUGCGCCUGGGACGAGCAGUUCCGCUUCACGGAGGCCGGCCGUGGUUGCGUCGCCUUCGAGGCCUCUGCGCAGAACGACGUCACCCUGGUCUUCCGGGAGCAGCUGGGCAGCCAGCACUACCACUACAAGAUGGACACCACCCGCCACUACACUGUCAUCCUUGGCAGCCACAGGAACAAGAGGCUCAAGAUCGAGGUGGACGGCAGGACCGUCGUCGACCAGGCCGGCGUCGGCCUCUGCCGCUCCUCGGCUUUUCAGAGCUACUGGAUCAGCAUCUACGAUGGGCUCAUCAGCAUUGGGGAAGGGAGGCACCCGAAUAACAACCUGCUAUUCCACUGGCUUGACCCUGACCCCAACCGGAAUGUCCAGUACGUCGGGCUCUCCAGCUGGGACAAGCAUGUCGGCUACCGGAACAUAAGCGUCCUUCCCUCUGCUCCCAGAAACAGCAUCCUCUGGAGCCAGAUUCAGUAUGCGUGUGCUGAGCGGCAUGGCGAUGGAUCAGUCCAUACCAAACAUCAACCAGAGCCGAAAGAUGGCUGUCAGCAAAGGGUGCUCGCCGACUUUCUCGAGUGCUGGGAUUUCUCCGACGCCGUGUUUUUGGUUGGUGCUGAACGAAAGGCUGUCCCUGCGCACAAAAUUGUCUUGGCUGCUUCUGGAGAUUUCUCUUUUACCUUCAUGGAUGGAAGUGCCAUCGAGCUUCCGUCAGUCUCCUACCCUGUCCUCCACUCCCUUCUUGAGUAUAUCUACACAGGGUCUACACAGGUUGCAGAGUACCGACUCAAUUCAUUGCUGGAGUUGGGCUUACAAUUUAAAGUUCAGCCGCUGGUAAAACGCUGUGAAGAAAUACUUGACUGCUUGACUAAGAUGGAUAAUGAACUUUCUGCAUCCAGCAAAAACUUAGAAGUAUCAAGUAGUGGACCCCAAACUCGUCGAUUUGACCAUUUCCCUUUCAAGGCUCCAGUGAAUGCUCAGAAAAUUAAACACUUCCAUGAAAGUGGUGAGCAUAGUGAUAUAAAUAUCUAUACUAGUGGACAAGGUCUUGUUGCUCAGGCUCACAAACUCGUCCUUAGCUUGUGGAGCAUGCCAUUUGCCAAGAUGUUCACGAAUGGGAUGAAAGAAAGCAGAGCUUCAAAUGUAUUUUUUGAAGAUGUUUCUGCUGAAGCAUUUUCUCUCCUCCUUCAGUUUAUGUACUGUGGGGAACUUAAAGUAGAUAACCGGUACAUUACUUCAGAAUUGGUUCAGCUGCUCUUAUUAUCAGAUCAGUUCGGCAUCACUAUUCUUCAGUUUGAGUGCUGUAAAAGAAUUAUGGAGUUCCUUUCAGAGGACACAGUAUGUUCAGUAUUGCAAGCAGUGUCAUCAAUCCCAUCUUGUAAACUGCUUGAAGAAAUGUGCAAGAGGAAUUUUGCAAAGCACUUUGACUAUUGCACAACUGCUUGCACAGACUUUGUGUUGUUAGAUGAGGCAACAUUUAAGGAUAUUCUCCAGCAUGGUGAUAUGACUGUAACAUCAGAGGAGAGGGUUCUGGAUGCCAUCUUAACAUGGUGUAUGGAGGCUUGCGACACUUUUUGCUGGAAUUCUGUAGAUAAACUAUUAAGUACUUCAACACCAGAGCAACUCUUUGGAGAGAGGCUCACCGCCAUCAAUGCUUUACUACCAUCUGUACGGUUCCCUUUAAUGCAGCCGUCUGUCCUUCAGUUGAUGGAGAAAAGUAACCUUGCAAAGCACAUACAACUAUUCAGACAAUCGGUUGCUGAAGCUGUUGAAUUCUCUAAUGCUGGUCCAUGGAUGCCGACAACAAUCAAAUGUGAGAGAUUUCUACAUAGACGCUCGAGCUAUAGAGAGCUUCAGUACAUCUCCGACGGUGAUAACAAUGGUGUGAUCUACUAUGCUGGGACAUCAUUUGGGAAGCAUCAAUGGAUCAAUCCUGUUUUAGCCAAGAAUAUCACUGUGAUGGCUAGCAGCCCGAAUUCGAGGUACACAAAUCCAAAGGCUCUUGUUUCAAAAAAUUACCAGGGGACUUGUUUUGCGGGGCCUCGUGACGAAAAUGGCAAGAAGUGUUCUUGGUGGAUGGUAGAUAUUGGAGAGGAUCACCAGCUUAUGUGCAACUACUACACAGUAAGGCAAGAUGGCUCCACGACGUUUAUGAGGUCGUGGGUUUUUCAGGGGUCGAUGGAUGGUGAGAACUGGACGAGCCUGGGCGUCCAUGAAGAGGAGCAGACGAUUUGCCAGCCCGGGCAGUUUGCGUCGUGGCCCAUCACUGGCCCGUCGGCGCUGUUGCCGUUUCGAUUCUUCAGGCUUGCUCUGACGGGCCCGGCAACUGGGAUGUCCAACACCUGGAACCUAUGCAUCUGCUUCCUAGAGCUCUACGGCUACUUCCGCUAGGAGUCUCCUUGUCUCUUGACACACACAGACACAACCUGGCCCGCACAUACAGUUUUUCUCUCUUAAUUAGUGUGUUCCAUGAAAGGCUACAACGAGUGAAAGUUUUUUUUUUUACAUACAUAGACAUAUAGUACAUGUAAAAGGAAGAUGGUUCGUUUUAGUUUUGUACUAUAUACCCGGCAACCGUGUCCAUGAAAAAUUCUGGAUGAAGUUUGAGUCUUGUGAAUUUGAAAACCUUGUUGAUA